CCCCCCACCCCUCUUCUCUGCUCACACCUUCUUCAGUUGUUCUCUUCCAGUUGCCUUCAUUUUCUCGGAAAAUUCUUCUUUUCCGAGAAAUUUCGCGUUUUUACUGUUGAAUCGAUAAUUCACAAAUCGGGGGUGUCUGAAAUUCAAAGCUGUUGUUGUUGUUGGCUGCUGGGGUUAGUCUCUGUGGAGGUUUGGGUGUUUUCUGAGGCAGAGCCGAUUCUCAUUUUGCUCCAAUGGAGAUGCAGGACCAAAUAGAAAGCACAAGAUCAACCAUAUUUGGCUCAGCAAGUAACAUCCAUUCCAAUGGUGAAAAGCAAUCCGAAAAUGUUGCUCAUAUACCUUCUGUUGGAAACAACCAAACUCCCAAGGUGAGGAAACCAUAUACCAUUACUAAACAAAGGGAGAAGUGGACUGAGGAAGAGCAUCAAAAGUUCCUUGAAGCUUUGAAAUUGUAUGGUCGUGGCUGGCGCCAAAUUGAAGAGCAUAUAGGUACCAAAAAUGCUGUUCAGAUUCGAAGCCAUGCUCAAAAGUUUUUCUCUAAGGUUGUGAGGGAAUCUGAGGGCAGCGCUGAGAGUUCUAUACAACCAAUUAACAUACCUCCUCCUCGGCCUAAGAGGAAACCCCUGCAUCCAUAUCCCCGUAAAUCAGUUAACUCUUUCAAAGGACACUGCAUACCAAAUGAAACAGAAAUAUCUCCAUCUACAAACCUGUUAGUUGCAGAGAAAGACACCCCAUCUCCAACCUCGGUGCUAUCUACGGUUGGUUCGGAAGCAUUUGGGUCUCAAUUUUCAGAGCAGACUAACAGAUGCCUUUCACCAAACUCUUGCACCACUGAUAUUCACUCAGUCAGCUUAUCACCUGCUGAAAAGGAAAAUGAUUGCAUGACAUCCAAAGCAUCCGAGGAGGAAGAGAAAGCAUCACCAGCUUCACUUCCUUUAUCCACUGUUUCUAACCCAAACAUGUGCAUGAAGCCUGAGUUUAGUUCCAAGGACACUUUCAUAGAAGAUGCUGCCAAUAUGCCACAAACCACUAGUAUUAAGCUUUUUGGAAGAACGGUCUCUAUGGUAGGUAAUCAGAAGUCACUGAACAUAGAUGAUGAUGAUGGUAAGCCAAUAACUGUGAAGUCUGAUGAAGUAGAUGAUGUUGAGAAUGAGAAGCUUGGCCAAUCAGGAGAAUCCAAGCAAGUAGAUACACAAUUAUCACUUGGUGUGGUUAGUGGUAACUGGAUUAUAACACCUGAUGCUGAUGGAGCUAAUACAACCAGCAUAGAGCCCCCAAAGGAGAACCUAUGCUUCAGUGAAUGUGCACCUGAUGCAUCUUUUCCGCAGUGGAGUUUGUACCAAGGCCUUCCACCUUUCUACCUGAGGCCAUGCAAUCAGGUCCUAAAUCCCUUGCCUCUUAGGCCCUCUUUGAAAGUAAGAACAAGAGAGGAGGAGAGUUGUUGCACUGGUUCCAACACUGAAUCAGUUUGUGACAUGGAAAACCAAGGCAAGAACUCAGAUGCUGUUGAUUCUAAGUGUCAAAAAUAUCACAAGGAAGGAGCUGCACCCCAGAAGCGUGCAAGGGGGUUUGUACCAUAUAAAAGAUGUUUAUCUGAAAGAGAUGGAAAUUCUUUAAUUGUUGAUAUGGAAGAGAGGGAGGGGCAACGAGCUCGUGUGUGCUCAUAGCCUUACAUUCCAUUUUUACAUGAUUUAUAAUCAUGGUGUUAAUCAGAGAAAAAACUGAGAAAUAAGGACCUGAUUUAGGUAGUUGUGAUCUAAUUGUCUAAUUGACAAGCAUCUGAUUUCCAAUUCUUUUUUCCCAUAUUUUCUUUCUUUCUCCUGAAAACACUUCAUGUCCAAUAAUUCAAGCGGGGGCUUGUGGCAGUGUUUGUUCUGGCUCGUAUCAUGUUACAGUUACUUUAACCAAAUAGAGACAUAUAGCAGCAAGUCUGUCAUUACUGUUUUAUUUCUACUCUUGGCUUCUGUGUGUCUUUUUAGUUGUAUGAUUGCAUCAGUGAUGGGGGUGUUCUAGGGAAGCGAGGACAAGCACAGCAUGUCACUAGACAUCAUAUAUGUCAUAACAAUUGGCUCUGGAAAACAAAUGAUGUCAAUGAAUUAAAGCUUAAAGAGUGCCAUGUGGUGAUGACUACCUUACCAAUUUGUAUAUCUGGAUUUUCUUUCUGUAUCAUAUUUUUAAUAAUAGAUUUUAAACAUUGUUUCUUCAUUGUUGAA